AUGGCGCAGCAGCUAUAUUUGAAAACCGAGAUAAACAAGAGCUCAGCUCAAGUGGAUGGGGCACGACAGCUGUGGAAGAUUAAUCACACGCGGCUGCAAGUCACCAGGUCCCCAGAGGCCCCAAGGCUUCCCUCUCAUGCCCCACCAGGACCGCCCAGACCACCGCGGUCUGUAGAGCGCAGGACGAGAGAAAUCCUCCUCCCCGCCCCCUCGGCCGCCGCGGGCCGGUGCGCUGGGGCCGCAGUUCCCCACCAGCGGCAUUGGAGUCCCGAGGAUGGGGUGCGCGCGUGCGUGUGUGCACCCGUGCGCGCGCCGCCGGAGUGGGCAAGUGACCGGGGUGAGGAAGGUGCGCGAUGCCCAGCCGCCCAGCUCCUCAGCGGCCGCCGCGGCUCAUCGCAGCCGCGGGCUGCCCGCCGGCCGCAGCCGCGUCCGGGGCAUGUCAGUCUGCCGCCGCCGCCCGCCUGCCGUGGCUCGGGACCCGCGGCUUUCAGGGAGCGGCGGGGCAGCGCGUCCGGAGCGCGAGGGCUGGGGCCAGGGCAGGGGGCGUGGGAGGGGUCGCUUGGCCUGGGGUUAAGGAGCAGGGAACACCCCCCUCCCGAAGACCCCCGGGAAACCCCGACGCGGGGCGCGGGCUCGGGACGGAGCCCCGAGGAGGCCCGGAGUCCCGGCCGCCGACAGCAGGGGGAUCCCUGCCGGGAGGGGCAGGAAGGCGAGCGGCCCGGCGCGCCCUGGCGGCUCCGAGGGCCCCCGGCUUGCAGUCGCGUCGCCGGGGCUUUCCUGGAGCUGGGAGCGCGCCGGCUCUCCGCCUCGCACGCCGUCACCGCGGGAGACGUCUCGGCCUCGCCGCGCGCGGAGGGGACGCGCGGAGGGGCUGGUUUCUGGGCGAGCCGAGAGCUUUGCCCAUUAAGCUGCAGCAAGAAGCCAAAUCAAAAAGCCAAUCUCCAAGCCUCCAAACCGAACGUCACCCUAUCAGCUGGGAGAGAGCGCGCUGCACGGUAUGACAAGCCGCGCAUUUUUGUCCCCGCGCGCCCAGGGGGGAUUUUUCAGACAGCUUCGCGACAGCCGUGGGGAAUCCGGGUCUGCACCUCGAGCGCAGAGAGCCCCGAGGACCGAAUGCGGACGGAACCCCUCGCCUGCGGCCACCCACCCAACCAACUCAGUCUGUCAUUUUCUCAACCCAAAUCAAACAACAGCUUGUGAGAGACGCUUGGGUGAGUGCUGGUAUGUUGGCUUUUGGGUUUUUAAGGCUAAAAAUAAGAGGGGGCUGUCUCCCAAACUGCUGCUUACUCUGGGCCUGGAGCCUGGAAGAAAGAUGGUCUUUUGAUGCAGCAGCAGAGCUAGGGUUUGGGGCUUGGCUCAGGAGAAGUGUACACAUGUAGCCUUAAAUCAGAUGG